UCUCUCUCUCUCUCCACUGUGCGGCGGUUUGAUGGGUCGGUCGGUGAAGCUGCUUCUUGGCUCCUGAGCUCCGAGAGAGAGAUAAGCCGGCUGCAGAGACUCUGGAGACAGCACAGUUGGAAAUAAAGAAGAGAAGACAAAGAAGAGAGGAUAAUUUAACACACGGGGAAGGCGACUGUAAGGGAGAGAUGGCUGAGGCACAGCAGCAGCAGCAGCAACAGCAGGAGGAAGGAGGGGAGAAGGAGAAGGAAGAGGAGCAGCAGCAGUCGAGCCCCGUGGAGAAGACUGAAUCUGACGAAGGGGUUGAAGAACCGAAGGAGAUCGCCCAGACGACCCCGUCUCGACCUCUGCUCUCCACGAGGUCCAUGAGCAUCGUGGACCCAGAUGAUGACACGCCCAACAUGAUUGUUUACAGAAAGAUUGAAGACAUUAUCACUCGCAUCCAGGACGAGACGGACGGUGUACCCAUCAGAACUGUCAAAAGUUUCAUGACGAAAAUCCCCAGUGUCGUUACGGGUGCAGAUAUUGUACAGUGGCUGAUGAAGAAUCUGUCCAUUGAGGAUCCAGCUGAGGCGAUGCACAUUGGGAGUUUAAUUGCAGCUCAGGGGUACUUUUUCCCAAUCUCAGACCAUGUCCUUACCCUGAAAGACGAUGGAACUUUCUACCGCUUCCAGGCGCCAUAUUUCUGGCCGUCCAACUGCUGGGAGCCUGAGAACACAGACUAUGCUAUUUACCUGUGCAAGCGGACCAUGCAGAACAAGACGAGGCUGGAGCUGGCAGAUUAUGAGGCUGAGAACCUGGCCAGGCUGCAGAGAGCUUUUGCCAGGAAGUGGGAGUUUAUCUACAUGCAGGCUGAGGCCCAGGUCAAGAUUGACAGGAAAAAGGAUAAAAUUGAAAGGAAGAUCCUGGACAGCCAAGAGAGAGCUUUCUGGGAUGUCCACAGACCUGUGCCUGGAUGUGUUAACACCACAGAGAUGGACAUCAGGAAAUGUAGACGCAUGAAGAAUCCUCACAGAGUUAAGAAGUCGGUGUAUGGUGUGAUAGAGGAGGGAACACAGUCUCAGAGUCCCAUACACACUCCUUUACACCACUGCAGGAAAGGCACCAAGGAGGAUGUAGAAAAGGAGAUCGUAUUCCUGAAUACCCAGCUAGAUCGUCACUGCAUGAAGAUGUCCAAAGUUGCUGAAAGUCUGAUAGCCUACACUGAGCAGUACUUGGAGUAUGACCCAUUUGUGACAUCACCUGAACCAUCCAACCCCUGGACCAGCGAUGACCCCACUUUCUGGGAUUUGGAGGCUAGUAAGGAGCCCAGUCAGCAGAGGGUGAAGAAGUGGGGCUUCUCUUUGGAGGACGCCUUGAAAGAUCCAGCAGGGCAGGAGCUUUUCCUCAAGUUUCUAGAAUCAGAGUUUAGCUCAGAGAAUCUCAGGUUCUGGCUGGCUGUACAGGAAUUAAAGAGGAUACCUCAGCACGAAGUUGCACAGAGGGCACAGGACAUCUGGGCAGAGUUCCUGGCAGAGGGAGCGCCCAGCUCUAUUAACCUGGACUCCCACAGUUACGAACGCACCAGCCAAAACCUGAAAGACCCUGGACGAUACAGCUACGAAGAUGCACAGGACCACAUCUACAAGCUGAUGAAAAGUGACAGCUAUUCACGUUUCCUGCGCUCCAACCUGUACCAGGACCUUCUGAUGGCGAGGAAGAAACCUGAAACGGAGCAGGGCCGACGCACCUCCCUGGAGAAGUUCACUCGCAGUGUGGGCAAGUCAUUGACGGGCAAACGACUGACGGGCCUCAUGCAGUCGUCCUGACAAGGCCUGGAUGAAGAAUAGGUGGAACCAUACCCAGAAGAGCUGCUUACCUGUGGGAAGCAGGUGGAAAAGGACCCUGGGGUGUGCUUGUGUAGCUAUGGGAGGUGGAUAAGCGCGCCAAACAAGCUUACACCACUGGAUUGGACUACUACCACAUGUGAAACUCACCUCAGAUCAGUUCAAGCGGACCGACAGCAUGCAAUAAGUCACCAGACCUGACACCAGUGCUGUCACAGUGUAGAUGAUAAACAAUGCUACUCCUCUUAGGAAGUUUCUACAAAAAUCACCUGUACUAAGGAAAGCCGGGCUCAGUUGUUUCUCUCUAUCUACUCUCAUGUUAAUAUAGUAGCUGAAGAGGCUAUUGCUUUUACUUUCAGUGAUAUAAACACGGAAUGCUUGAAUGCCUUGACAGAUGUCAAACGAGACUUAGAUUAAAUGCUGUAGCUAGCUGUUUUAUCUCAUCAUUCACUACGAUGAUAUAAGGGAAUGAAACACUGGGAGCAGUUUACAGAUGCUUGACUGCCAGGUGGUGUAGUACACUGAACUUAUGAUUGACUAAAGCUUUUAGAUCAACUUACUAUUGUAUGACACAAGAUAUGCCUCUGUAUGUCCAAUGCCGAUUUACUUGGUUACAGUGUGCGCUCACAUUUAAAUCAGCACACUUGCUGCUUUUGUCUGUCUCCCUGCACUUAUAGCUGUGUAAUGUAGUACUGUAGUUGGUACAAUAGUAUGUGUUAGUAUGUGCAACAGUAGCUACUAAUACUGAAGUUAGUACAAGCACAAGCUGAAAUGUCUGCUUUUAAAUUCAAGUAAAGGGCACCAAACACGAAGGCCACACGUAUCCUGGAAAGCCAACCAAAAUCAGUGUUGACAUGAUCAUUUGGACAUAUUCAUAAUCUACAAAUCAAUAAUUAGGUUGCCCUAAACAUAUGUUGUGGACACCCAGAGGUGAACAUCUUGUCAUAAAAAGGUGAGUUGGUAGGUUUACAAACAGUUGUAUUGCUUUAAACGGGUGGGUGGAAAAAGGUUAGGCUUUACUCUAUCUUCUAAACAUUCCACUGCAGGCGGCCACAGUAAUGUUUAUUUGGCUGACUUCUUACCAUUCUUCACCUUGUGUAAAGAUGACAAUAAAAGAGGAAUGCACAAUAAAGAAGAGUUUUGGACCCUUAUGUCAGCAUGUCCAUUUCUUCUACAGGGAAAAUGCAUCAGAUGACACUUCCCAGAAUAAAUGCAUGUAACAUGUAACCGGUGCAUCUUUGCACUUUGUAGUUACAUACUGCCCCCUAGUGUCCGUUGGGUAGUAAGUACUGGUUAAACGUCUCACUUUCUGUCAUUUGCUGGCACGUGGAGCAAAACCAUUACAGCUGGGCAACAAGUACGCUUUAGAAAUGUACUAUUAAAACCUAAAUGUUAAACAGUGCAGCUUUAAAGUGUUGUCGCUCUUGAAUUUGAUGCUUGGGAAAUAAAGACUGAUUAUUACAUCUAAUGCUACAAAGAGCUUUUAGUAUCUUGCCAUCUUAGUAAUAGCUGUGAAGUGCAAUAGCUCCAUCUGGUGGAUUUUUUAUUAAGAAACGGUACAUUUUUUUUCAGUCUUAUAUUAAUCUUCAUCAAACAAGUAUGACUGCUGUUUUAUUCCGAUAGUCUCCAUGUUAUAUUUGAAUAAGGCAUAUCUUUUUUAGAUUUCCCUCUAUACACCACUACAGUGGGUUUCAAAUCCAGCAAUAUGUGAUUCAAGUGCAGACUUUCAGCUUUAAUUCAUGAGGUUCAGCAAAAGUAUUAGAAACAUUUUGAGUGGCUCAAAAGUAUUUUGACAAUUGACAAGAAGUUUGAGACUGUUGCCUCGUUAUUCCAUGACAAACACUCGACCCACCUCUGGUUAAUUCCAAAUGUUGAACUUCAUUUUGGUAACUGAGACUGUCAAUAUGACACCCAAACAGAUGUCAGUGCAGGUAAAGGAGGCUGAAAAAACAAAAUAAAUCCACGAGAGAGAGUAAAAGCUUUAGGAGUGGCCAAAUAACUGAAAAGACCUUGAGGUCAAAGUCACUGAUAUUCAUAACUUGUCUGAGAUUUUUACUAGAUUUACUAGAUUAGUAUUGAUUUAGACAUCGUACACUGCCUCAAUCUCAAGUUAUUGUGUUCACAAAGUUAACGGCAAUACCCUAUCAGCCUUUUACAGUCAAGAGGUAAAAAUGAGUGACUGGCCAAAUUAUUAUGGAUCUAACUGUACACUUCCUGGAUAAAACCAUUUUGUCCCGAGUAUCAAAUUUUUUAUUUUACUUUUAUAUUUUAGUGAUUCGUUAGUGUAUGUUCUACAUAUAGUUGUAAAGCUUUAAGUGCAUACUCAAGUUUUGUGGGAGAGAUCAAAGCCACUUAAAUGUUUCUUGUGCAUUAUUGCUUAAAAACAUUGAUCAAAAAUUCAGACGUUCUAAACCGUUUUCUAGAAAAGAAGGUAUACGAAGAACAGACAGGAAAAAAACAAACAAAUCCUGGUACACAGUGCAACUGUUUCCAAGAUAAAAGACAAAACUGAACUUAUUCAAAGCACCAAAAAAUAUCCCAA